AUGGUGCCCUUCUUUGACGUUUGCAGUAUUUCUUCAACGUUGAAAGUGCCGACUCCCUUGACGGCUUUAGUCGUUUUCUUUCUUUCUUUCUUUCUUUCUUUCUUUUUCUUUCAUUUUUCUUUCUUUCUUUCAUUUUUCUUUCUUUCUUUCUUUCUUUCUUUCAUUUUUCUUUCUUUCUUUCUUUCAUUUUUCUUUCUUUCUUUCUUUCUUUGUUUCUUAUAUUUAUUUUCUCUUCUUUCUUACCUUUCUUUGCCUUUUACGUUGUCCAAUAAUAAUAAAAUAAUACGCACAUCGUGUAAAACCUCCUCUCGUUUCUCCUUCUGCAUUUCCAACAUUUUCUUUCUUUUUUUCUUUCUUUCUCUCUUUCUUUCUUUCUUUCUUUUUUAUUUUUUCCUCUUUCUCGUUCUUUCUUUCUUUUUCUUUCUUUCUUUCUUUUUUAUUUUUUCCUCUUUCUCGUUCUUUCUUUCUUUUUCUUUCUUUCUUUCUUUUUUAUUUUUUCCUCUUUCUUUCUUUCUUUCUUUCUUUCUUUCUUUCUUUCUUUCUUUCUUUCUUUCUUUCUUUCUUUCUUUCUUUCUUUGCUCUUUACGCUCUUGGCGAUCGACUUUUAAUCUCAAACGCAAAUUUGCAUUCGUACUGUUUGUGUUUGAUUUCAACGGGCUAAAGGAUAAGAAUUUUAAUUGA